AUUGAGACCAAAAUAAUUUAAUGUCAUUAAUGUAUAACAAAUUAUCUUAUUAUGCGUAUGACUUUUAAGGUAAAUUACAAUUAAAAUAAAUAUUUUCAACUAAUAAAAUAAUAGUUAAUGAUCAAUUGACCAUCUAAGACAUUUAACCUACUCUGGUACAUAAUAUUUUUAACAAAUUAUUGAGCACGUAAAUCUAAACCAUAAAAAGAGAAGAUAAUUUACUUUUAUAAUAAAAAAUUUCAUUAUAUAUAUAGUUAUAUUGAGAUAGACUUUUCAUCCAAAAAACAAGUUCUAUCUCUAACAAAUUUGUCUUCCUUUAUUUUUUUCCAAAUCGAAAUUAAGCAUGGCUAGAGUUAGAGUUUGUUUGAGUGGAGCUGCACUUUCUGUCAUCGUUGUCUCCAUCGUGAUUGUAACAUUGAUUUUCACCGUUUUCAAACCCAAAGAUCCUAUUGUCACAUUCCAUCUCUCACAUGUCGAUUUCCUUUCACCAACUUUACCCUUAAAUUUGACUUUAGGCGUGAUGAUGACAAUUGCAAACCGAAACUUUGGAAGUUUCCAAUAUGAAAGUUCAAUUGGUUAUAUAUCUUAUCGUGACAUUAUGGUAGGAAGUGUUCCACUUGAGGCAGCGUUAAUCCCAGCACGAAGUGAAAUUAAUGUGACAACUAAGGCACAUUUUAUGAUUGGAAAAUUGUUACAUAAUCCAAAUUUUUGGAUGGAUGUUGUUCCUGGGAUGAAAUUUAAUUUGACUUCAACGGCUCAACUUCCUGGUAAAGCAAUUAUUUUGAACUUUAUCAAAGUGAAGGCUAAGUCUUACAACAAUUGUCAAAUCUCUGUUAACAUGACUUCUAGUGAUGUUCAGAGUUAUUGCAUUUCCAAACUCAAGUUUUCAGUUUAGGAGAUGUGAUUUUAAUUAUAUUAUGUCUUUCAAAUUGUUUUAUUUACGUUGAUAUUACAAAUGUUUCAAUAAAGAAGAUUACACGAUUGUUCAAAAAGUUAUUAUUUAAUUUUGUAGAAACUUUAACAAAAAAUAUGCAUACUUCACAAUAAAGUUGCAACUCCCCAUUCCAGGACAUUACAAAUGGUGGUAAUAAAAAUGAAACCUUGAAGCAUAAUAGUUGUGUCAUGUUACUUAUUAUGUAUUCUUUGAAGUAUAUAUAAAAGUUUAUCUACCAUAAUAUUUGCUUUCACAUGGAUAGUAAUAUGCUGUUAUUUCAAGAGUGACAUUAAAAAAUUGUAGUGGGUGAUUAAAGUCAACAAAUAUCACUACUAAUUUUAUUUAUAAUUUUUUUUUCAAAGCUUUUCGUCUUAUUUAACAAAUUAUCACUACACAUUUUUACACUUAUUUGUUUCGAAAAAAAUAGCAAAUUUUUUUGUUAAAAGAAUUUUGAAAAUUUUGUCGUGAAUUUAUUUUUGAAAAAUUCAUUUAAGAGAUUAGUUCGAAACUGAUUUUAACUAAAAAUUUGUUAAAAAUUUUAAACUGAUUUAUAUUUAAAAUAUUUAAAAUUCAAUUUCAAAUCAUUUCAGAUUCAGAACUGAAUCGAAAAUUAAUGCGUUUUUAUUAAAAUGGUUUUCAAUACCUGAAGUAAACCAUUAAUAAAGCACAAUUCAAUUAAUCUUUUAGACCAUCAAUAUAUCCCUUCUCUAUAUAAUAGUUAACAAAAGAAAAUUAACAAGAAGCCAAAUAUUCCUUUAAGAAAAAGCCGAAUAAGGUGUCAAAACAAAGGAUCAUUUUAAAUUGAUGGGCCAUAAUGUGGACAUGCUUUUGGUUUUAGGAAUCUCAACAGUCAAACCCAAAUUAGGAGUCAAGAACCGGUACUAACAUUUGUUUUGAAUUAUGACCACUGAACCUAAUUAUGUAUAUUUCAAAAUUAAAAAGACAAACAAACUUUAACAUGCAUGUUUAUAUUAAUAAAUAACAGGAAAAUUUAUAUAAAAAUGGUUACGUAAAUAUAUAUAAUUUUAAAAAAUAGACAUGGAGCCAAACCAUAUUGUCUUUAAAUCCAUCCUUAUAUAUCAUAUUCAUGUAUAUAUAGAACAAUAGACUAAGAUUUCAUUAUAACAUUUUCAGAUAGAUCUUCCACCCCAAAAAACAAGUUCUAUCUAACAACAAUCAUUAUUAUUAUUAUUUCAUAAGUAGAUAUCAAAAUUUUAAUUUGUUGUAUUUUUUCCCAAAAAUUCAAUUUCUUUUAAUCUCCUCUAUAUACUCAA